UGUAAUCUGUUGGUAAAUGUUCCACGUUUGUACCAUCUGUUCCACAUUAAGAGAGGUAUUGUUCCUCAUUUUUGAGAUGGAAGGUGGACAGCCACGAUGCUUAAAUCAUAACAUUUGAAAAGUAUGAGAUAGAAUAAGGAUAACUCUGAGAUAAAAAUAUAUAUAUAUAGCAGAAAACUAUGCCUGCCUUCCUACACCAGGUUUCCUCCUCCAGCUUGCAUUCUUGCACACCUUUUUGGCACCUGUCAUCAAUAACCCCGCCCACUGGACAGGUGUCAUCCGUGAUCCCGUCAGAAGUUCCCGGCCCUCUUUACUGCAACAUGACUAGCUGCCACUAGAUUUUUUUUUGUCUGCACGUGAUAAGUACUGAGUUUAGGAGCUGAAAAUGCAACUCGUGGAGCGGAACCCUCCAGAGCUACCACGCGGGUGGUUCCAUACAGCAAGGUGCAUUGUUUACUAAGGUGACGUCGCUAGAUCCGUCCCAACCCGGAAACGGUGCGGGGUGGGGGCAGUUUAAUGUCCAGCUAAGUUUAUUGGCAGUGUAUGUUGUGAGUUCGACACUGACUGUUACUCAUAGUAUCAUCUUAUCAGAGUGAUGCUGGUGCUGUCACAGUGACAAUGAGACGGAUAGUAAGCGUCCCAGUGAUUAACCCCAUAUUUUUGCUGGCUGUUGCUGAAUUUUGACGUUGUGGUUCUCCUUGGAGAUGCAAGUUUUGGAAGUUUGUAGUCAACUGGUACUGACCAGUAUACUGUUCAUCACAGUUCAGCCUGAUCGGAUGCAGUGUCAUGCUGUCAACCCAGUGUCUCUUUCUGAAACACUUCUAUUUGUGUCCACCUUGGAUGGGAACCUGCAUGCUGUGAGUAAACAGAAAGGGGACAUUAGAUGGACGCUAAAGGAAGAUCCAAUUAUUCAAGUCCCGGAUUAUCUAACAGAACCUGCUUUUCUUCCCGAUCCAAAUGAUGGCAGCCUGUAUCUUCUUGGAGGAAAAAACAAAGAGGGAUUGCUGAAACUUCCAUUCACUAUUCCGGAGUUAGUGCAGUCAUCUCCAUGCCGAAGUUCUGAUGGAAUUCUUUACACUGGAAGAAAACAAGACACCUGGUUUGUGGUAGACCCAAUGACAGGAGAGAAGCAGUCCACAAUAUCAACAGAGUCAUCACACAGUGUUUGCCCUUCCACACCACUGCUAUAUAUUGGACGCACAGAGUACAUGAUCACAAUGUAUGAUACAAAAACACGAGAACUUCGGUGGAAUGCCACAUAUCAUGACUAUUCAGCUCCACUGUAUGAUGAAAAUCAUGAUUAUAGAAUGACACAUUUUGCUUGCAAUGGAGAUGGCCUAUUGGUGACAGUAGACAAAGACACGGGCGAAGUUUUGUGGAUGCAUAAUUAUGGAUCUCCUAUUGUAGGAAUUUAUAUGUGGCAGCAGGACAGCUUACGCAGAGUUUCACAUCUCAACCUUGCCAUGGAGACUUUACGUUACCUCACCUUCAAUUCAUAUGACAUCCGUAUAAUCAAAUGGAAUUAUGAGUUCAUGAAAGAGCAGUCAACCACCAAGACCCAGUUAGUGCCAACUGUGUACGUGGGGAAGUUUGCCACCAGUUUCUAUGCAUCAUCAUCACUGGUUCACUCAGGAGUAGCUGUAGUACCACAAGGAAUAACUCUUGCUCGUAUUGAAGGCCCAAUGACUGAUGGUGUCACUUUAAGAGAAGGAAGUGGCUGCCAGAUUACUCCAACCACUGAAGUCAAAUAUCCUCAAGGCAGCACCAGCCCCAUCCAGAACCAGUGGCUACUCAUAGGACAUCAUGAACUUCCUCCUUUGGCUCAAACAACAAUGCUGCGAACAUUUCCUGACAACCUGAAAAGGAAUUCUGAAGCCAUUAUUUCCACAAAACCUGCAGGCAGAACAGUCUUUGAUGAUUUUUUCACAUUAAAUGAAGCUGAAGACCAGCCAGCAGAAAGUAGUGAUCAUCAGCGACUGGACCCAAACACAAAACAGGAUGUAACAGAAGUCUUUGUAGAGUCCAUAACACCGGACAUGGUCACCAUCAGCAUAAUCACACUCCUUGCUGGAGGCUGGAUCAUUUUUGCUGUCACUUACCUAAAGAAAAUCCAGCACCAACAGAAACUGCAGCAUAAACAUUUGGAGCAGCAGCUUGAGGAAAAGUUUCAAUUUCUUCAGCAACAGGUCCCUCCUUCUCCAGUGCAUUUCUCCAGUAACAACAAUAACAAUAAUAAAAGUGAUGUGCAAGAUUCCACAGAUGACACAGCUCCAGCCACUCCAGUCGGGCUGUUUUACACAAGUUCUAUAAUGAAGGAUAGCAGCAACCAGUCAACAUCCUCAUCCUUGUCAUCAUCACCUUCAUCAUCAUCACAGAGAAGACUUGCAAAUGGAGAAUUCUUUCCAGAGUUUUCAGAUAUAGCUUCUGACAGUGAAAAAGAUACUGAAACAAACUUUGUAGUAGUUGGGAAGAUUUCUUUUAAUCCCAAAGAUGUUUUAGGUCAUGGAGCAGAAGGAACAUUUGUUUUCAGGGGUUGCUUUGAUGACCGAAAUGUUGCAGUAAAAAGAAUCCUUCCUGAAUGCUUUAACUUUGCAGAUCGUGAAGUUCAGCUUCUAAGAGAAUCUGAUGAACACCCCAACGUCAUACGCUAUUUCUGUACGGAAAAGGAUAAGCAGUUCUAUUAUAUAGCAACAGAGCUUUGCUCUGCAACAGUCCAGGAGUAUGUCGAAGACCCUGACUUUGAUUGCCUUGACUUGGAUCCUGUGACAUUACUUUAUCAGACAAUGUCAGGCCUUGCUCAUUUACAUUCUCUAAACAUCGUGCAUCGUGAUUUCAAGCCACGCAAUAUCCUCAUCUCCCUGCCGAAUGCCCAUGGGAAAAUAAGGGCUGUGAUCUCAGACUUCGGUCUGUGUAAGAAAUUGCCAGCUGGACGCCACAGUUUUAGCCUGCGCUCAGGUAUACCAGGAACUGAAGGCUGGAUUGCACCAGAAGUUCUAUUAGAAGAACCCAAAGAUAAUCCUACUUACGCAGUGGAUAUUUUCUCAGCAGGGUGUGUAUUUUACUAUGUAAUGUCUAAGGGACAGCAUCCAUUUGGUGACAAUUUAAGGAGACAAGCCAAUAUUUUGACUAAUGUGUACAAGUUGGAGCACUUUAUAAGUGACAUUAAUGAACAUGUUAUUGCUAAAAACCUAAUAGAACAAAUGUUAAGCAGUGUGCCACAGAAACGACCUUCAGCCAAAGAAGUCCUGAAACACCCUUUCUUCUGGAGUCAAGAGAAGCAGUUGCAGUUCUUCCAGGAUGUAAGUGACCGUAUAGAGAAGGAGCCACCUGAUGGUCCCAUCAUCACUGCGUUAGAGACUGAUGCAAGAGAUGUUGUGAAGGUUAACUGGAGAAUGCACAUAUCUGUGCCACUUCAAACAGACCUGAGAAAAUACAGAACAUACAAAGGGAACUCUGUACGGGACCUCCUGAGGGCCAUGAGGAAUAAGAAACAUCAUUUUCAAGAGCUGCCUGCAGACGUUCAAGAAACACUAGGAGAAGUGCCAGAUAAGUUUGUGCAGUAUUUUACAUCAAGAUUCCCACGCCUUUUACUUCACACACACAAUGCCAUGAAAAUGUGUGCACGCGAGAGACUGUUUCAUCCGUAUUAUCUUCAAGAAGCCAAUGGUCCAACUAGGUGAACUUGACUUAUAUGCAUUGUACAUGCUGGAAGUUAUCUGGUGACAGCACUGGAAGAGAGGUUACUGCAGAAAGGUCUGUAGCGAAGUGUGAGAGAUGAGUUGAUUUUUCAUAAAGGACCAAUGAUGAGCAAAGAAGAGAGAAUAUUUGAAGAUGUGCUUUAGGAAAUGCCUUUGGGGCUGCAGCUGGCAGUGUUAAGGAUCAUAUGAUAACUGUUGCUGGCUAGUCUACCUGCCUUCAUGAUGGAACUAUACAUGUGGGCAGCCUGUUCUUUUAAAACAGUGACUGCUUCAUAAGUAUAACUAUUGAACAGGAAUUUUAAUCAACUUUUUUUUCUUUUGUAGUUUUCCAUUCUUAACUGGUUGAAGCACUUUUUGAAUGUUGUAUAAACUGUUAGCAGAGACUUAAGCUCAGACAAAUACAAAUCAUUAUGAAAAUGUGACAGCACGAUGCUGAUUCAGUACUAGCAAGUUGAAGUUACAAGGCUGUUCAUGCAAGAAAGUAAUUUAGUGCUGUCUGUUGUAAGUUACUCAACCUAAAGUGAUCCCCACACACAAACUUCUGUUCAGUUAUUCUGAUAUUUGACAAAUAACAAGGGAGCUGCUUUGUGCUUAGUUUUAGUUGCACUUAAAAUAGCAGCAGCCAAAUGGUUGCAUUUUUUUUACCCCAGAUUGUACAACAGAAAGUACAAAUUACAUAAGCUGUAUGUCCUUCAUUUAGUGUGAACUGCCAUAGCAGAAUGAAUUGGCUCUUUUACUCCUGUGGCUUUUUAGGUCAAAAUGAGAGGCUCUGCUGAACUUAAUGGAAAACAUGGGCAGUGUGGAAAACCGUGUGCAAAGCAGCCUUACCAGUAAGUCCUGGUUACUGUUAUCUUACCUACAAGGCUGGACAAUAAAUCUGCCAGGCUUUUUAAGUGAUGGUGCACUGUUGUAAAAUUUCAGGGCACCAUUCAGUACAUGCUCAACAGCUGUAAGUAGGAUACAGUAAAUGUGGACACCAAUGGAAUAACAUCACCUUGCAUUAACUAGCCAGAUGAUAAUUAAUGUGUUAUUAAUCAUAUUCAUUUACAUAAAGAAGGUCAUACACAAGUCAGCAGAUCUGGAAGGUAUGAGUUAUGAAAUUUCAGUGUUUUGUCUUCAUUAAUUUUAUAUCCUGAAAAGACUUGAAACUGUUCCAGAAUUUCCAUAACACUGAGAUGGCCUUUUCUGAUUUUAUUAGGUACAAAAUAAUAUUGUCUGCAAAUAAAGCCAACAUUUCUUGAUUAACAUAUCAAUUAUAUCAUUCAA